GUAUCGAUUAGUACAGUUUUUCACCAUAUUUAACUGUAUUCCUAGAUAUUUGACUACUUAAAUACGUUACACACAUUACUAUUGACAUCAAAAUGAUAUGUAAGGUAUAAUCAGAGAAGAGCCUACGUACACUCGAAUUGAUACAUAUUUGAAGGCUUGAUUUAGUAUUUCAACAUAUAUAGAAUGUGUUCCCACUAAAAAUGGCAGAAGCUACACAUUCAGGUGGUUCUACCCAGGUUAAACCUGACCAAGCGUUCGAUACAUUUUACUCAGAAGUGAAAGCUAUAGAAACACGAGAUUCAGUAUUGACAUCAAAGCAGCAGAUUGAUCGUUUACUCAGACCUGGUGCUUCAUACUUCAAUCUUAAUCCAUUUGAGGUGCUCCAGGUAGACUCUGAUAUUCCCCUAAAUGAAGUGAAGAAGAGAUACAGACAGAUGUCCAUAUUGGUGCAUCCAGAUAAGAACCAGGAUGAUGAAGAACGAGCACAGAAAGCUUUUGAAGCUGUGAAUAAUGCCUACAAGACUUUAGAGAAUGAAGAAGGAUACAAAAGAUGUCAGGAAGUCAUUGAAGAAGCAAAAAUACGUACAGAUGACAUGAUAACAAAGAAAAGGAAAGAGUUAAAGAAAGAGGGAAAGCCACAAGUUGUACCUGAAGAUGACCAAGAAAAGUACAAGCAUGCCCUCUAUGUACAGACCACCAAAUUAUUUGCUGAUCUUGAACGGUUAAGACGAGAAACUCAGAUGAAAGAAAUGCAUGAAAAAAAAAAGGCAGCUGAAGAAGAGGAGAAUGAGAAAAUUAAGAGGAAAGAACAGGAAGAAUGGAAUAAAAACUUUGAGGAAAGUAGGACAGGUCGGGUAGACAGCUGGAGAAGCUUUACAGGGAAAGGAGGAAAAACUAAGAAAAAUAAAGAUAAGAAAUCUAAACCUUACCUUGGAGGAUU